AGCACUUUUCCAAAUUAAUUUGGUAAAUAAGCAUGGUGUUUUUGUAGUGAAGACUUUUUCUUUUGGCAUCCAAAUAUGAUUUUGUUAGCUGCAAUUUCGGUUCUCUUAGUCCAAGGGAUUACGAUGGUUGUGGGGGCUGAGAACCUCACAGCAAUCACGUGGGCUCAUGCUGUUAACAGUCAAGAACUCCUAACAGCAACCUUGGCCAGCAAUAUCGAUAUGAUUGAAGCUGACAUUGUUCUUGGGCACCUCAUUAGUGAUCCCAAUGGUCCGGAAAUUCCUGUAAUGGGGCAUCCUCCCGUUAAUACAUCCGAUAUCUCCCUUAGUAGCUUCCUCCAACAAAUACUCGAUCACAACGGCCAGAAUGCAGGAAGGACGAAGGGCGUGAAGCUAGACUUUAAGUCUACGGAGGUUUUUACGGGUUCCCUGGCUAUGUUAACUGACUUGUGGUCAUUCAUGAACUACCCCGUGUGGCUGAAUGCUGAUAUAAUCCGCGGCCCCGUCAACAAUACUGGGACAAAUCCAGUAGAUGCAAAUUCUUUCCUAUCCGGAUGCAGGGCAUUUCCAGAGGCUAUUCUCUCAAUUGGAUGGACAACAAGAUGGGGUCCGGACUUUACCGAAGGCACCUAUACAGAUGAUCAAAUUGAUAGUAUGAGCUCAGCAAUACGGGACAAUGGAAUCCCGCGUUCUAGUCAUCCAAUCACCUUUCCAGUUCGCGCGGGAAUUGCUGCUCAAAGUCAAACACAACUCACGAACCUCAUGAAGGCAUUCAAUGAAACCAACACCGUCACCCUGACCAUUUGGUCUAGUGAGAAUGAUAAUGUUGACGUGGCGAAGCUAAGGAGUCUCAUCUUUGCCGUGGGCAUUGAUAAGGUGUACGUGGAUGUGCCAAAGGAUCUUCUUGAUCAGUUGGAUCUCGGAAAUCCCGGAAAUGGAGCAAGGAAGCUGGCUCAAUUGACAAUAAUGUCGUUCUUCUGCCUCUCUAUGGCUCUUUUUAUAAGUCAUUUGUUAGCUAAAUGAGCUAAAUGAGCUAAAUAGACAAAUAUUCAAAAAUUAAA